AUGAAGUUCACCAACAUGCUCGUCCUUGGCACUCUCGCCAACGGUAAAUGGCACGCCCCUCCCCCUUCUGGAUACCUCGCCGCCUGUGGCCGUGACUACAGCAUUGUCAUUGGAGACGACAGUUCGACCGCGACGCUCCACGCCAAGGGCAAGAACGACGCCGGCGCUAUGCAGUGCAACGAUUUGAACCUCGGAGAUUGCUAUGGCAACAUUGACGGGAAGCUGGAGGAGCAAUACAAUGGACACAUCGAAAGCAGCUGCAACAACUGCAGCGCUGAGAUUUCGUUUAACCUCGGCGCUGCCAAGGGAUCGGAGCUCUGGUGCUGGUGCGAUGUCGAGAAGGCGUAG